GAGGGGGUAACUGAAAACAGUGCAGAUUAGAUACCCCCAGGGAUUAGAUACCCCAGAGCAGGGCACACAGAGGGGAGACACCAGGAGCUGUCCAGGUCGGUGGAGGAUUCUGUGACCUUUGAUCUCUGGGCUUAUACUGGGUGACCCAGGAGAAUGGAGGUUUUUCUGCGGACGUGUCUCAUCUUGGGGGCAGCAGCUGAGUCUUAUUCUGCCCCCACUCCCCGCAGCAGCUCCCCACAGCAGCAGCAGCCCAUGGAUGAAGCUUUAUCUCUAUAUAACCAGGGUCUGAGCGCUGCAGAGUUUCUGUUUGGACUCAUCCAGGUCGAGUCACAUGACAGCGAGAACAUAACCUUUAUCAUCAAGGAGACCGUGUGCUUGAAGUCGGACAAAAAAGACAAAAAAUGUCCCUUCAAGGAGGACGGAGUUGUGAAGAACUGCACAGCGCCACCUCCUGGGCAUAAAGGAAGACGUCUAAAGGUCCGAUGUCAGACUGUAGACACCUCGGAUAAUGGAGAAAAUAACAAGAGUCCAGGGACCAUGGGGAAUGAUCCAGUUUACAAGCUUUUACCCGGCAAACAAAACCAGAGGUCGGAUUUCCUUCAGUUUGAUAACAGACGCUCCCAGAUCGGUCACUCCGCCGCCUCCUGCAUCUCCUGCAUCUUCGACUUCCUCAAUACGAAUCCGAGUGGUCGAUGACGUCCUCCAGACGUCUCCUGCAGGUUCAGUGAGGAGGAACCUUCUCAUAGACCAUGGACUGCACCCUCGGGCCGUCCAUAGGGUGGGACUACAACUCCCAACACUCUGAUGCUUUAAUGUUAAUACCUGUAAUUGAUCUGCUGAUCGCAUCUACUUAAGAAUAAAGUUAUAAGACAAUCAUGAAGGAGGAGGGGCUUAAGAUUCAUUCCCAAGACAUAAUAUGGACCCUGGAGAUGGUUUAGGGUCUGUGAGGAGGACCCCUCAUGGG